GGGAUAGGGCGGCUAACCCAUGUGUACCCCGAUGCUUGAUAUUGUACAAAUAGAGAAUAAGUAAGGGCAGAACUAGCUCUUUUUGUCCCCAGGGAGUUAUUUGGAUCAUCACUGACAUCGACUAUCAUGGCUUCAGCGGCCAAAAAUGACGAAAACGAUGAAAGUAUGGAUGUCGGAGAGGAGACCGGCGAAGAUGAGCGGUAUUCAACUCCGCAAAAUGCAUCUCCAUCACCAUAUUCCCCACCUGAACAGGAGGGGGCAGAGUCUAGGUUGGGUACGCCCUAUGAUGACUUGCCCGACAGUCCUGUACCAGAAAAAAAGAGUAAAAAAAGACGAUCUAAAGAUCCUGCAGAAAAGAAACAAAAGCGCAAGAAGAAGAAAAAGAAAUAUGACGAUGAUGAUGAGAUGGGCUUUGAUGAUGAUGCUAGUGAAGACUACAUAUCACCACCCAAGAAACAGAAGAAGCCAAAGGCAGUACCUUCAUCUACACCAAAGGAAAAGAAGACUCCAUCAGACAUAAUUGCAGAUGAUCUUGGCAUCAACAAUAUUGACAUUGAAUAUGACGAUGACGAUUUCACUACCUUGAAUAAUUACAAACUGUUCAAGCAACAUGUUCAGCCCCUUAUACAGAAGGCAAACCCAAAAGUGCCCAUGGCAAAAAUGGUGACACUGAUUGGUGCCAAAUGGAGGGAGUUUGCUCAGCUUGUAGCAGCUCGCAACAAAACACGGGAUUCAACAGGGAGUACAACUCCAAAGGAAAAAGUAGUAGAACCUGUAAAGGAAAAAGAGGAAAGAGAAGAAUCAGAUAGAGAGGACAAUGCAGAUGAUUCUCUGAAGGACAAUGGUGAUGAGGAUACCGAACCUCAAGAUGAGGCUCCAGUAGAGGAAAAGCGGAAAAAGAAAACAAAAUCAAAGAAAACGGUGGCUCCCCUCAAGAUAAAAAUCAAUAAAAAGAAGAAGAAAGUGAAGAAGAAUGCCUCGGAUGAUGAUGCAGCCUUCAACACAAGUGACGAGGAAUUUGAGCGCCAGUUGGAAGAGGCGUCCAUGUUACAGGAAGCUGCCAAAGAGGCAGAGCCAGCAUCAAGACGUAAAACCAAGACCAAGAAGGGGCGUGGCAGGGGUGGAAAGAAGAAGACCAAAACUACAAAUAAAUUCCCCAAUGAUCCAGAUGCGGAAGGCUAUGAGGUUUGUGAUACGGACCAUCAAGAUUACUGUGAGGUGUGCCAGCAGGGAGGGGAGAUAAUCCUAUGUGACACCUGUCCUCGUGCCUACCAUCUUGUCUGUCUAGAUCCUGAACUAGAGGAAGCACCAGAAGGGAAAUGGAGCUGCCCUCACUGUGAGGGUGAAGGUAUUAAAGAGCAGGAGGAGGACGAACACAUGGAAUUCUGUCGUGUGUGUAAGGAUGGAGGAGAGCUUCUCUGCUGUGACCAAUGUCCAUCUGCAUAUCACAUGCACUGUGUAAACCCACAGGUUAAGGACAUCCCUGAUGGUGACUGGCUGUGUCCUAGAUGUUCUGCUGAACCAUUGGCAGGACAUGUGGAGAAGAUAUUGACCUGGCGCUGGACUGAACCACCAGAGCAGGAAGACAAAUUAGAUGAGCUUGACCACACUCAUGCUCACCCUCCCUCUAAAAAGGCGAAUAUUAAGCCAACUCGGGAAUUCUUUGUCAAGUUCCGCAAUUUGAGUUACUGGCAUUGUGAUUGGAUCAGUGAGUUACGGGUUGAUGUAUAUCAUCCUGCCAUGUAUCGUCAUUACAUUCGUAAAAAUGACAUGGAUGAGCCCCCACCGCUGGAAGAUGGCAGUAGCUAUGGUAUGAAGGACUAUCACAAAAUCAAAGGAAAGAGAGGUCAAGACAGGGAUGCAGACGAUGGUGAAAAUCUCGAGGAGCGCUUCUACAAAUAUGGUGUCCGCCCAGAAUGGCUAGAGGUCCACAGAAUCAUUAACCACAAGACAUCAAAGGACACUACAUGGUAUCUAGUGAAGUGGUGUGAUCUGCCAUAUGACCAAGCCACCUGGGAAGGUGAGGACAGUGGUGUUGCAAACCUCCGUAAAUACAUUGACGACUACGAGGUUCUCAGAGCUAUGAUGUUUGGAAAUGGAGACAAGAAAGGCCCAGGAAAGAAGAAGAAGAAGAAAGACAAAGAAAUUGACAUAUCAGACAAACAGCCCCCUAGCUUCCCAACUACAGAUUUAAGGAAGAAGCUUGACAGAGAUCCUCCGUACAUCUUUUCAACAGGUGGAGCACUCCAUCCCUACCAGUUGGAGGGCCUCAACUGGUUACGGUACUCCUGGGUGAAUGGAACCGAUACUAUUCUUGCAGAUGAAAUGGGACUUGGAAAGACAAUCCAGACAAUUGCUUUUCUCUAUUCCCUUUACAAGGAGGGACAUUCAAAAGGGCCGUUCCUCGUGAGUGCCCCACUUUCCACCAUCAUCAACUGGGAACGUGAGUUUGAAUUCUGGGCUCCAGACCUUUACGUAGUUACGUAUGUGGGAGAUAAGGACUGUCGAGCAGUCAUCAGAGAGCACGAGUUUUCUUUUGAAGAAGGAGCCAUUCGAGGGGGAGCAAAGGCAUGUAAAAUGAGGCAAGAUGUACCAGUCAAAUUCCAUGUUUUACUGACGUCGUACGAAUUAGUCAGUAUCGACAAUGCAACACUGGGUUCAGUAGACUGGGCAGUACUGGUCGUGGAUGAAGCUCACAGACUUAAGAAUAACCAGUCUAAGUUUUUCCGUGUGCUGAGUAACUAUAAAAUAGCCUACAAGCUGCUGUUGACUGGGACACCUCUCCAGAAUAACCUAGAGGAACUCUUCCAUUUGUUGAACUUCCUCAGUUCAGAAAAUUUCAAUCAGCUACAGAGUUUCCUUGACGAGUUUGCCGAUAUUGCCAAAGAGGAGCAAGUCAAACGUCUCCACGACAUGCUUGGACCACAUUUGCUGCGACGACUGAAAGCUGAUGUCCUGAAGGGCAUGCCUACCAAGAGCGAGUUCAUCGUCAGAGUUGAGCUUAGCCCUAUGCAAAAGAAAUAUUAUAAGUACAUUUUAACAAGAAAUUUUGACGCUCUGAACUUGAGAGGUGGAAGCCAGGUGUCCUUGCUGAACAUCAUGAUGGAUCUAAAGAAAUGCUGUAAUCAUCCCUACUUGUUUCCUACAGCGGCUAAUGAAGCGCCAAAAGUAGCUAACGGGAUGUUUGAAGGAAAUGCUCUGAUUAAAGCAUGCGGGAAGUUGGAUCUGCUUUCAAAGAUGUUGAAAAAUUUGCAUAAAAAUGGACACAGAGUUUUAAUAUUCUCCCAGAUGACCAAGAUGUUAGAUAUUCUAGAAGACUUCCUUGAAAAUGAAGGCUACAAGUAUGAGAGGAUAGAUGGUGGCAUCACAGGAGCUAUGCGUCAGGAUGCUAUUGAUAGAUUUAAUGCGCCAAAUGCUCCUCAGUUUUGUUUCCUGUUGUCCACCCGUGCUGGUGGUCUUGGCAUUAAUUUGGCAACAGCUGAUACUGUCAUUAUAUAUGAUUCCGACUGGAACCCUCACAAUGAUAUUCAGGCGUUCAGUCGUGCUCACAGGAUUGGCCAGGCCAACCGUGUGUUGAUCUACCGCUUUGUGACGAGAGGUUCAGUGGAGGAGAGAAUCACACAGGUAGCAAAGAAGAAGAUGAUGUUAACUCACUUGGUGGUACGACCUGGACUUGGCAAUAAGGGUGGUGCCAUGUCACGUCAGGAAAUGGACGACAUCCUCAAGUUUGGCACAGAGAAGUUGUUUAAAGACGAUGAUGAUGGUAAAUCCGAGGAGGAACAGAGAAUUGUAUAUGAUGACGCUGCUAUAGAACAGCUGCUGGACCGAACCCAGGAGGGCCAAGAGGAAAAGGCUAUGGCCAUGAACGAAUACCUCAGUUCUUUCAAAGUUGCUACCUACUCCAUGAAAGAAGGAGAGGAGGAGGAUGAGCCGGAGACAGAGGUUCUGAAACAAGAGGCAGAACAUGCUGACCCUGCUUACUGGGAAAAAUUACUUCGUCACCACUAUGAACAGCAGCAGGAGGAUCUGGCACGAACUCUUGGCAAGGGGAAACGUGUACGCAAACAGGUCAACUAUAACGAUGCCAUGACGGGUCAAGACGAUGCCUGGAAAGACAAUUUGUCUGACUUUGAUUCUGACUUCAGCGGACCAGGUGGUGGUGAGAAUGAGGAUGAAGAUGAUGACGAUUUCGAAGACAAAGAAAGUGCAUCCAAGAGUCGCAGAAGAGAGAGGAAUGACAGAGAUCGCCCAUUACCACCAUUGUUAGCCAGGGUUAAUGGUCAAAUUGAGGUGCUGGGAUUCAACGCCAGACAAAGGAAGGCGUUCUUGAAUGCCGUGAUGAGAUAUGGCAUGCCACCACAGGAUGCCUUCAAUUCACAGUGGUUGGUGAGAGAUCUAAGGAACAAGUCAGAGAAGGUGUUUAAGGCGUACGUCUCGCUGUUCAUGCGCCAUCUGUGCGAACCAGGAGCAGAUAAUGCAGAGACAUUUGCAGAUGGUGUUCCACGGGAGGGGUUGUCACGCCAACAUGUUCUGACUCGUAUUGGUAUCAUGUCUCUUGUGAGAAAGAAGGUACAAGAGUUUGAGCAAAUCAAUGGACUUCACAGUAUGCCAUACCUUAAGGCCACAGACGCACUAGAAAAAGUGAAGGCUGUUGAAAAUGUUGAGAAGGUGAAGGAUGAAAAACCGCCGGCUGUUGAUACGGAAGAAAAAGUAAAGACAGAGGAGGAGAAGGCAUCAUCACCAGCUCAAGGGACCAAGGAAAAGGAGGAAACUAAAACAGAUGUGAAAAGUGAAGAUGCUGGAAGUACCAAGAAAGAGUCGGCAGAGAAGGAAGAGAGUGAGGGAGAAAAGAAAGAAGAUGAAAAGGAGGAGGGAGCAGUAAAUAAGGAGGAGCAGAGGAAAGAAGAGGAUGAAAAAGAGAAGGAUGAGUCUGAAGGAAAGAAAGAGGAAGGAUCAGCUGAUAACGCCAAACAAGAAGCAGCAGAGGAAAAGAAAGAAGAAGCUAUGGAGACGGAUGAAAAAGAUGUGAAGAAAGAAAAAGAAGAAGCAAUGGACACAGAUGAAAAGAAAGACGAGGAGAAAAAGGUGGAAGAGGAAGAAAAGACUGAUGAGAAGAAAAGUGAAGAAGACAAAAAUGAGAAGAAAGAUGAAUCCUCAGAGGCAAAAACAUCAGAAGUCAAGGACGAAGCAAAGGAUGGAGAGGUCAAGAAAGAGGAUGAAGUGAAGAAAGAAGAUGUGAAACCAGUAAAGAAAGAAGAGAAAGCAGAGGAAAAAAGUGAGACCAAGAAAGAGAAACCAACUGAAGCAGAAAUCAAGAAAGAGGAAACCAACCAGAAGUUCAUGUUCAACAUAGCUGAUGGAGGUUUUACUGAACUUCACACUUUGUGGACCAAUGAGCAGCGAGCUUUGAGCAUGGGCCGUGAACACGAGGUCUGGCAUCGUCGCCACGACUACUGGCUGCUGGCUGGUAUUGUCACUCAUGGAUAUGGCCGUUGGCAGGAUAUCCAGAAUGAUCCUCGAUUCCAGAUCGUUAAUGAGCCAUUCCUUAGUGAGCAGGGAAAAGGGAACUUCUUGGAAAUCAAGAAUAAGUUUCUGGCUCGUCGGUUCAAGUUGUUGGAGCAGGGCCUGGUGAUCGAGGAGCAGCUACGACGAGCAGCAUACCUAAACUUGACACAGGAUCCCAGUCAUCCAGCCAUGGCACUAAACACACGUUUUGCGGAACUGGAGUGUCUAGCUGAGAGUCACCAACACUUAUCAAAGGAAUCUCUGGCUGGUAAUAAACCUGCCAAUGCAGUUCUCCAUAAAGUGCUAAACCAGCUUGAAGAGUUGCUAAGCGACAUGAAACAGGAUGUGAGUCGUCUGCCAGCAACACUGGCAAGGAUUCCACCAGUAAGCCAACGAUUGGCCAUGUCUGAGCGCAGCAUUCUUAGUCGUUUAGUCAAUCCUGGUUCCCAGGUUACAUCUGCCUCUGGUAGCAUAGGAGGCUCUGCCCCAGUGGUGGCUGCUAGCCCUGUUGCUACACCAUCAGGCACAUCUUCACCAGCAGCCACGCCGUCUGUGUCGCAGGCAUCAUUCCUAGGUGUUCCAGCAUCUCUAGCCGGCGCCUACGCUAACUUCCCACCAGGAUUUCGGCCGCAGUUCGGUCUGACACAGUCUCCUUUUGCCCCAGGCCAGAUACCAGUAUCCCUUACACAGAGCAUCAAACAGCUACAGUCAGCCCCACUUCCUAGUCCCUCACAUCGGUCCCCAGCUUCUACACCAGCAAACCAAAGUAAAGUCUCGGAUCUAUCCCAGAAAUCAGACGGUAAAAGUGGAUCAGAAGCAACAGGAAAACUCAACGGAAAAUCGGUCAUAUGUAUUGACGAGUGACCUGCGUUUAAUGUGAUGUAACAGACAGUUGAAAUUCCUUGGUAAAAUCAUCGGAACUGCAAAGCAUUAGUAGAUAUAUACAGCUGUGUGUGGUCCAGAGCACUGUUUUAAUUCUACAACCAUAUGUAUAUAAUCAUCUCAUUCAUUCAUUUUCAUUUGCUUUUUAAUGCUGUGAAGCUUAAUGUAUAAAAACAAGAAAAAAUUGGUUUGGUAGCAUACAUCUUCUUGUGGCAAGGUUUUAAAAAUGGCAACCCUGUAAUUCAUGUUAAACGGUAUUUCAAUACAAAUUAUGAAUCCAGUUGUAAAUGACGAAAUUAGUCAGAUGUUUUAUAAUGAUUAGUGAUGUACUCAGGUGUCAGACUUUGGUGUUGUAGAUAGUGGGAUAAUAAAGGGAUUAAUUUAAUAUCUCUUCAACACACGGAAGUAAUAUUUUAAUGUUGAUCCUGUCACUGUCUUAAUUUUGUCGGGGUCAAAUCCUGAAUAUGUAGUGCAGCUUGAUCUGCUGUUUUUAAUAUGAAUUCUAAAGUUCUGUCAACUUAAGGAGUAGAUUUCACUUUAAUUGUAGAAACAAAAAUAGUUAUGACCGGAGAAAAAGUUGGAGAUUGAUCUUUGAAUUGAUUUUUAACUUCAUGAAACUGCUUUUGUUUAUACAGUAGUCAUUGAUUCUAACUUUCAUCCACAACUGGUGCACAGUAUAAAUUUAAUAUAUUAUAUACACAAAGUUAUUGGAUUCAGCCAAAAGAAAGAAACUUUAUGCAUAUACAACAAUGUCAACCGCUUAAUGGGAGAUAACUCACUUUCACUAGGAAAAAGUUAUGAACUUUUCAAAGAAUCUUCAAAGGAAAAAAAAUCUUAUGGGGAAAAGUAGAUGGACUGACUGAAUUUUGUUAAUUUGAAUGCAAAGCUGGUGGGGUCUAUCAUAUGUUUGUACUUACUUGAAACUACUGGGUAGUUUUUAAAGCUGAUGCUGGAUUUAUUCAAUGUUAAACAGAGAGGACUUCGGUAACGUGAAUGUUGUGAUUAAACAGACUUGUACAUAGGUAUUGUUAGGUGUUAUAUAUUCAGGUAGCUUUAUGAACUCCCCAAGAAUGUAAUACUGAUUCUUGUUUUAAAUCUUGGUCUGUUGAGCAGUCCUGAACUUGUGGGAAGAUUGUCAUCACUGACGAGCUCCAUCGUUUAUUUGACCUUUGUGUUAUGUGUAUUGUUCACAACACUUGAUUUUGGUGUUGUCUCAAUUAUGUAAAUCAGGUCAUUAAAUAUAUUUAUUUUGUCGUUUCAUAUGUAUUUCAUUGAAAAAUACAUUUCAGUUCUCAAAAAUUGAUGCAAAAAAGACAAUAACUAGCAGGCAGUAUUGUCGAGACCAUUUGAAUAUUAUUGUGACAGAUAAAAAACGAUUUUGGGAUGAUAACCAAAAUCUCGAAAACUUGCCAUCAAUGUUUUGCUUAUUAAGCAUAAUUAAUUUUGAAAAAAAAAAGUGAUAUGAAGCUCCAUGAACUUACCUUAAUUUAUUGUAAAUGAUCAGUUUGCAGAAGCAUGGUCAAACUGGUUUAACAUGUCUGAUGGAAUUAUUUACAUCGUUUGUAAAGGCUGGCAGCAGGGCUUUUAAAAUUAUGCAUUUCUGGGUUUGUCAACAUCAUAUCUUUAUAAAAAAAAUUAAUACAGGUUCUUGCAUAAUAUAUAAAUUAAAUGAGGCCCGUUGCUUUAGUUUUGAAGAUAUUGAUGUGAUGUGGAGUCAGAGAAACAUGGUUUUUAAAGGUUAUGCUAAUGCCAGGUUUGUUUUGAAUGUUUAUUAUUCUUGUUGCUGCCAUUAAAAAAAAAAGUAGACUUGGUAGCCAAGGAAACUUUAUCCCUGGCAACCAGAAAUUGAUACGUUACCAUGAGUACAAUGUUCUUAGUCUCGUUACCAUGGUCACCGUACUAAUAAA